AUGUCUCCACCCAUCCUCACCGCGACCGGCUUCUCACCACCUCCGCCGAGCACCAACCCCAUCUCGCCCGUCUCACGAAGCGGCACCUUCCCUCACAAGACUAGUCCAGCAGUCGUCACACAAACGCCGCUCAUCGACACGAACACACCUGCGAUAAAUGACGCGCCCGUCGAGUUGGACGGAGGCGAAGUGACCCCGGAGGAACUGAGGAGACGAACGACAGAGGAGGCAAGUGGAGUCCGGGGCUCUAUGCGGUCGCCGGAUGAAGAGGGUAUCGAUGCCGAGUUUCUCGGCGAGGGAGAGAAUCUGGGUAGAGAUGCUAGGGAGAAACGCGCAGCCAUGCUAGCCUCGCGCUCGAAAGAUCCAAGCGUCAUAGUUGAUGUACCGAAAGAGCCUACGGCUGAGGAGGUCGAAGCUGCGAGGAAGGCAGAUGCAUUGCUGCCCCCAGGCAUGAGGGGGAAGAUACCCGAGGCUUAA